UGGGGGCUGUAGUUCCUGUCCUCCCCGCCCCCUCCCACCUACGGCCCUGCCGCUCCCGGCGUGCACCGCGGCUGGGCGCGCUGCCUGUCGGCAGCUCCGCGAGCACCUCUCGAGAUGGCGGCGGCGGCGCUCAGCGGGUUGUUCGGAGUUUUCUCUGCUGCUGUGAGCCGGGCAGUUUGCUUAGCUGGGACCCACAGACCCCUGGCCCGGCUCAAUGUCAGACUCAUCCACAGCAGCUGCCGAGCCCCCUUGGAAUUACGAGCCAAGCCAGAACCUGGCCGCCGAGUCCAUGAAAUCCCAGAGUACAUCCCUACGCGGAAAGCCAAGAACCCCAUGAAGAUGGUUGGUGUGGCCUGGGCCAUCGGCUUCCCCUCCGGCAUCCUCCUCUUCCUCCUGACCAAGCGCGAAGUGGACAAAAACCGCCUGAAGCAGCUAAAGGCUCGUCAGAAGAUGAAGGCGUCCAACGUGGGGGAGUACGAGAGAGCGCGGUACAGGAGGGCCUCGCUGGGACCAGAGGGCGUGGCCGACACCAAGGCCUAGUCUUGGAACGCAGAGCCAAGGCAACAGAGACUCCUUCCUGCUCAGCGCUCCGGCACUUGGAGGCAAAUCGGCUUGAUGCCGCAGAAUGAGAAACGCUAUCCCAGGGAUUGGUCUUAGGUGCCAACAGCCCAUCUGUUUGAGAGUCAGUCCCCUGUGGGGUCAUGCUGUUUCUGCCCAGAUCACUCCACCCGCCUCCGAUGUCUCACGUUGCCGCUGUACAUUGCAUACAGCUGGUGUGGGGCAGGAGUGAGAUCCUAAAUAAACCCUGCCCCUGUGCAGUUGUAAGCCCAAGGGGCACAACAGGAAGGAGACAUUGCACCAAGUGUCCUUAGCCAUCAGUGGCGCUGCGUGGAGAUCUGGCCCAGAGCCUUUCCUCACCGAGUCCGGGGAGGAGCCAGUUACCACUUCUGAAAGGCUAGUGGUGGGAGAUGGUUGCCUCAGUGUUACUGCUGAGGCUCAGUCCUGGUGCACUCAGGAGGUAGCUACGUUCCCUCUCCCCCAAUCCUUGUCGACAGCCUCAGUGGAGAGGCUGGGGACUGCAUGUGCCACAGGGACUGAGCUCCUGCCUCAUUUCCAGAGAUGGUCUCUGCAGGGUG